CACAAGGACGUGAAAACUGGGAAUAAGCGGACCAUUAGCAUUUAUAAGCCCAUUUGUACCAACUCAGGCCCAUUUAAAAUAAAAACGGUCAUCUACAACGAGGCUUCCUACUCAAAAGAGAACUCGUUCCCUUCUCCGCCGCAAACAUGAGGCUUCUCCGCCGCCGUUUCUUAAUCCUUAUCGAUGUAACUUCCGGAACCAACCGGCGAGGAUACGCCACCAAGUAUGUCGCCAAGGUCACUUCAUCAUCUCCCUCCGGCCGAUCUCUCUCCGCCGAAGUUUCUCUUCCCAAUCCCCUCCCCUCCGACGUACGCGGCUACCCUCUCCCUCGCCGUCACCUCAUCUGCCGAGCAACCAAUCUCCUCCUCCGCCGCGAAACCUCUUCCGACCCCUUCUCCUCCCUCUCUGACUACCUCUCCUCCCUCUCACUCUCCCUAACCCCCGACGAAGCCUCCGAGAUUCUCAAAUCCCUAAACUGCCCCCGCCUCGCCGUCGAUUUCUUCCACUUCGUCCCCUCCGUGUGCCCCGCCUCUCACCACGACCCGUUCCUCUACAACCGCAUCAUCCUGAUCCUCUCCAAGUCAAACCUCCCCGACAGAUUCGACCGCGUCCGUUCGAUUCUCGACCUGAUGGUGAAGUCUAACGCACGUGGCAACAUCUCCACCGUUAAUAUCUUGAUAGGUUUCUUCGGGGACACGAAGGAUUUGCAAAUGUGCUUAGGGCUGGUGAAGAAAUGGGAGUUGAAGAUGAACUCUUUCACGUACAAGUGUCUCCUUCAAGCUUACUUAAGGUCUCGUGAUUCGUCCAAGGCUUUCGAUGUGUAUUGCGAGAUUAGAAGAGGAGGGCAUAAGCUCGACGUCUUCGCUUACAAUAUGUUGCUUGAUGCUUUAGCUAAAGAUGAAAAGAUUGAUCAGGCUUGUCAAGUUUUCGAAGACAUGAAGAGAAAGCAUUGUCGAGGAGACGAGUAUUCGUACACGAUCAUGAUCAGGACAAUGGGAAGGAUUGGGAAGUACAACAAAGCUGUUGAUCUGUUCAAUGAGAUGAUAACCGAAGGGCUUACUCUUAACGUGGUUGGUUACAAUACUCUUAUGCAAGUUCUUGCAAAAGGCAAGAUGGUUGAUAAGGCUAUUCAGGUAUUCUCCAGAAUGGUGGAAACGGGUUGUCGACCAAACGAGUAUACGUACAGUCUUGUUUUGAAUCUUUUGGUAGCUGAAGGUCAGCUUGUGAAGUUAGAUGGGAUUGUGGAGAUGUCCAAGAGGUAUAUGACUCAGGGGAUAUACUCUUAUUUGGUUAGAACGUUGAGUAAACUAGGGCAUGUGAGUGAGGCUCACCGGCUGUUUUGUGAUAUGUGGAGCUUCCCUGUGAAAGGAGAGAGGGAUAGUUACAUGUCGAUGCUAGAGAGUUUAUGCGGCGCGGGUAAAACGGUUGAAGCUAUAGAGAUGUUGAGCAAGAUUCAUGAGAAAGGCGUGGUUACGGAUACUAUGAUGUACAACACUGUGUUCUCUGCGCUUGGGAAGCAAAAGCAAGUAUCUCAUAUACAUGAUCUCUUUGAGAAAAUGAAGAAGGAUGGUAGUCCAUCUCCAGACAUAUUCACGUACAAUAUACUCAUCUCGAGUUUCGGUCGUGUAGGAGAAGUUGACGAGGCUAUCAAAAUCUUCGAGGAGCUAGAGAGUAGUGACUGUAAACCGGACAUUGUUUCUUACAACUCUUUGAUUAAUUGUUUGGGGAAGAACGGUGAUGUGGAUGAAGCUCACGUGAGGUUCAAGGAGAUGCAGGAAAAGGGAUUAAACCCUGAUGUGGUCACAUACAGCACUCUGAUGGAAUGUUUUGGGAAGACGGAGAGAGUCGAAAUGGCGUAUAGAUUGUUCGAAGAGAUGCUUGUUAAAGGGUGUCAACCUAACAUUGUGACCUACAAUAUAUUACUUGAUUGUCUAGAGAAGAGUGGAAGAACCGCGGAAGCAGUUGAUAUGUACACAAGGAUGAAACAGCAAGGACUCACACCUGAUUCCAUUACUUACAGUGUUCUUGAACGGUUGCAAUCUGGCUCUCAUGGAAAGUCACGGAUUCGUAGGAAGAAUCCCAUAACUGGUUGGGUGGUCAGUCCUUUGUAGCCACGUGAAGGGGUCUUGAGGCUUUUUUUUCCAGUGAACUCUGUACAAACACCGUCUUCUCCGUAUUGUGAUGACCAGGUUAGAGCAAAAACCUGAAGCUCAAAGAUUAUCGCGUCACAUGGUUCUUUAAUGUAGUGGCACCUCAUUGUUUGUGUCUUGUUGAAUUAGUAAAGCUGGAAGUUCAGAAUAAGUUUAGGUACCUUGAUUGAUCAAGAAUGUGUUGCAUAGUCUUAUAAUAUUAUAACCCUUGUAGUAUCCAAAACUCGACUACGAAUUCUGUAUUAUUAAGUAUCUCAAUUUUAUUUAUCCAUUUGCAGUU